UGUUUUGAAAUGCUUGGAUUUUUGUAAAAAAAAAAUGCAAAACCUAGUACCAUUUUUAUAGUUUUGUCUAUGUUUUUCAUUUUAUCUUUAAUAAAAGUUCUCUCUCUCAAUAACACCACACCAUGAACGGAAAUUUGGCAAAUUUGUAGGAUGAUCUAUCUCCCCCUUCGUUUCCCUUCCAAUUUUUUCUUCAACAACAUCUGCAAAUCAUUUCCCCUUCUUUUCUUCAUCUUUUCCAUAAGAAAAAAAAGGUAAACAAAAGCUUCAAUCCAGCAAUCAUGGAAGAUACAACGGAAUUAUUAUGCCCUGAAAACGAUACGAUGAACCCAGCCUUGACGAUGACCACACAGGUCUCCGCCAUUCUGGUUCUAUCUCAUGUUUUUCAGAUUUUCCUCAAACCCUUGGGCCAACCUGCCCCACUUGCUCAGAUCCUCGCGGGAUUCGUGCUAGGUCCAUCAGGCUUAUCGAGAUCACCAGCAAUCCACGUCUUCUUCUUCCAAAAUUUCGCUGUUGAUUUCUACGAAAGCAUGGCGUUAUACUGUAGAAUUAGCAUCAUGUUUCUCAUGGGCCUCGAAAUGGACAUUCCUUAUCUAAUGCGAAACAUACGUCCAGCAAGCAUCAUCGCCUGCGGUGGUUGCUUAAUGUGUUCAUUAUUUGCAGCAGCCAUCUCCUUCUUCGUGUAUGAAGAAACUGGAUCUCGUGGAUCACGUUUCACUUUAGCUCUAGUCAUCACUGUGAUCUUAGCCAACACAGCGUCCCCCAUUGUUUUCCGAUUAGCAGCUGAUUUGAAGUUUGCAACAUCUGAUAUUGGCAGACUCGCUAUAUCUUCUUCCUUAAUCGGUGACAUGUACGCUGUGUUUAUUUUGGUUAUAAUCUCCGGUGAGAAACAUAAACGAACAGUUAACGGAUGGGCAUUAAUGGCGUUUUGUUCACUGUUACUUCUUGUGGGUAUUAUCAUUUUCACCACACAUUUAGUUAACUGGUUGAAUCGCAGAAACAGGAACCAUAAAAACCUUCAAGCUGUUGAAGUAAUGUUGAUUUGUUCAGUCGUUCUCGUUGCUGCCAUGACUUUUGAAACAAUGGGAUUUAGCAGCUUAAUAGCUUGUUUCCUCAUGGGGUCGAUGUUCCCAAGGGGUGGGAAAUCAGCAAGAACAUUGUUGGCUAUUCUUACAUAUACAGUUCAUAACUUUAUCUUCCCGAUUUACUUUGGGUACACUGGGUUUAAAGCAGAUACAAGUUAUUUAAAUGAACUGAAAAGAGUCGCGAUUGUUCUUAUGGUUAUCGUGUUGAGUAUUGGUGGAAAGAUCUUUGGUACUCUUGCUGCAUGUAAGUACUUGAAGACGCCAUUAAACGAAGGAGUCCUUCUUGCUGUUUUGAUGAACAUGAAAGGGCAUGUGGAUAUUUUGACCUUGACAACAGCUAUGCAAAAUAAAGUGUUGACAAGUUCGAUAUUUUACAACUUAAUGGUUUCAGCAGUGGUAAUUAGUUCAGUAAUCUCAGCAGCCUUAAUAGGGUUCUUAGUAAGAAGAGAAAGCGACACAAUUGGCAUCAAACACAUACCAAUGGAAUAUCACAGACCCGAUAAAGAACUAAAACUCCUCGCAUGUGUUCACAGUCGCCACCCUGUGAACACCAUGGUACGCCUCAUCGUAUCCCUAAGAGGAUCCGACAACGUUCCAAUUUCCCCCUACUUAAUGCACUUAAUCGAGCUUCCGGAAAAGAUUAAAAAAACUUCAGCAUCAUACGAACAAUUAAAAGACGAUGAAUCCAGUGAUGAUGAAGAGUACAACUAUAACAAAAACGACGUCGUGGAAAUAAACGAAGCUGUUGACAUCUUCAUUGAAGAAACAAAUAUGAUGAUUCAUCAAGUCCAAACAGUCUCGCCUUUUAAGAGUAUGUAUGAAGAUGUUUGUGAUUUCGCUGAUGAUAUUAGGGCUUCGUUUAUUGUUCUUCCGUUUCAUAAACAUCAAAGAAUAGAUGGGAAAUUUGAGAAAGAUAAGGAUGGAAUUCGGACUACGAAUCAGAAAGUGUUGAGAAACGCUCAAUGUUCGGUUGCGAUUUUGGUGGAUAGGGGGCAUACGACUACAGGGACACAAGCUGCAGGGUCUGAAUCGUUACAGCAGAUUGCGACUUUGUUUUUUGGUGGGCCCGAUGAUCGAGAGGCGUUGGGGUUUAGUAAACGGCUUAGUACACAUCAUCAUACGAGUCUUACGAUUGUUAGGUUUUUGCCGACGUCUGCUAAAGAUCCUAAUGUUGGAAUUGAUGUUUCCCAGAAGGAAGAUAAUGUUUUGGUGGCGAUUGAUAAUGAAUCGGAGGUCGAGGAGGCGGAUAGUUCUGCUUUAGCCAAUUUUUAUCAUAGGUAUGUAACAUCUGGGAAAGUGAGAUUUGUUGAGAAGUAUGUGGAAAAUGGGGUACAAACAGGGAUGAUAUUGAGGGACAUGGCAGAGACAUACUCCAUGUUUGUGGUGGGGAAAGGUGGGAGAGGUGACUCGCUUUUAACUACGGGAAUUAGUGACUGGGAAGAAUGUCCGGAGCUUGGUGUAGUUGGUGAUUUUUUGGCUUCUAGUGAAUUUGAUAUCAGUGGUUCAGUUUUAGUUGUUCAACAACAUAGAUGAAUUUGGUAACAUGUGAAGAUAAAUCAAUGAGAAUGUCCUUGAAGUAAGGAAUGAACAUGAACUAGUAGAUUCUCAGAAGUUCAACCAUAGAAGCUUUGCGAUAGUGGUUGGGUUUUGUAAGGUUGAAGGAGAAUCUUUUGCCAUGUUGUUGUGGUGUAUAUAGAUUUUGUGUAGUAUGUAGUUGGUAAGGAAAGGAAAGGAAUUGGUAGA